AUGAUGGCAUUUGGGAUGCUAAAGACUUCAGUUUUACCAUUCCAAGUACUGAAUUGCCCAUCUUUAAAAGUUGAAGGGUCUAGGCUGUUAAAGUGCAAAGCUUUAAAGAUGGAGCUUACUAUAACUCAACCUGAUGAUUGGCAUCUUCAUUUACGUGAUGGUGACCUUCUUCAAGCUGUUGUCCCUCACAGUGCUAGUUGUUUUGGGAGGGCAAUUGUGAUGCCAAAUUUGAAGCCUCCUAUUACUACCACGGCUGCUGCUGUUGCUUACCGUGAAUCUAUCUUGAAAGCAUUGCCUGCUGAUAGUAAUUUUAGUCCGUUAAUGACUCUGUAUUUGACAGAUACUACAAGUCCUAAUGAGAUUAAGCUUGCAAGAGAAAGUGGGGUAGUUUCUGCUGUGAAGUUGUAUCCUGCUGGAGCUACAACAAAUUCUCAAGAUGGUGUUACUGAUCUUUUUGGAAAAUGUCUCCCUGUGCUUGAGGAGAUGGCGGAGCAGAAUAUCCCUUUGCUGGUUCAUGGGGAGGUUACAGAUCCUAAUGUUGAUAUCUUUGAUCGUGAAAAGGUCUUCAUUGACACUAUUUUACAACCUUUAAUCCAAAGGCUACCACAGCUAAAGGUUGUAAUGGAGCAUAUCACUACAUUGGAAGCUGUUAGGUUUGUUGAGUCUUGUAGUUAUGGAUCUGUGGCGGCAACUGUUACUCCACAGCAUCUUCUUCUCAAUAGAAAUGCUAUCUUUCAAGGAGGAUUGCAACCGCACAAUUACUGCCUUCCAGUACUCAAACGAGAAAUUCACAGGCAGGCUAUUGUUUCAGCUGUGACUAGCGGAAAUAAAAAGUUCUUUCUCGGAACUGAUAGCGCACCACAUGAGAAACGAAGGAAAGAAUGUGCUUGUGGAUGUGCUGGAAUUUAUAAUGCCCCUGUUGCUAUAUCACUAUAUGCCAAGGUUUUUGAAGAGGCUGGUGCACUUGACAAGCUGGAGGCUUUUACAAGCUUUAAUGGACCAGAUUUCUAUGGGCUUCCAAGGAACAAAUCGAAGAUCAAACUGACUAGGACUCCAUGGAAGGCGAAACACUUGAGUGGCAACCAUCUUCCAUUUGAUUUACACCUUGCAGUGGGAGAAAUUAAUUAUGCUUCUCCUUUUGUCCACUUAUUUAUCUUACUGGAUAUGUGUGGAUCGUCUGCUGGUGCAAAUGAGGCAGUGAAGGAUUCUUUGAUGCUGUUCAAGUACAAAGAAUUGAGAAAAGCAACAAAGAACUUUUCUGAGAAACUUGGGGAAGGAGGUUUUGGUUCUGUUUUCAUAGGAACAUUGUCCAAUUCAACUGCAAUAGCAGUGAAGCAACUCAGAAGUCUUCAGCAAGGUGAGAAACAAUUCAUCACAGAAGUGAAAACCAUUGGAACAAUCCAACACAACAAUGUUGUCCGCCUCCGGGGACUUUGCGUUGAAGCUGCAACAAGAUUCUUGGUUUACGAUUACAUGCCGAAUGGUUCUUUGGAAACACUUAUAUUUCGAAACAGUGCGAAGACUUUAGAUUGGAAUAGCAGACAUCAUAUAGCAGUUGGAACUGCUAGAGGAUUGGCUUACCUUCAUGAAGGCUGCAGAAACUGCAUCAUCCAUUGCGACAUCAAACCUCAGAACAUUUUAUUGGAUGCAGAAUACAACCCCAAGGUAGCUGAUUUAGGCCUUGCAAAGAUCUUGGGCCAAGAAUUUAGCCGAGUCCUGACAACCCUGAGAGGAACUAGAGGCGAUCUAGCUCUAGAAUGGAUUUCCGGCGAAGCCGUCACUCCGAAAGCAGAUGUUUUUAGCUAUGGAAUGCUGCUAUGUGAAACCAUAUCUGGAAGGAGAAACAGUGAAUCUUUUGAUGAUGGGGCAGCAGAUUACUUCCCUUUCUAG